AUGAAGUUCAGCACAGUCGCUUCAGUCGCUACGCUCCUCGCAGCACCGGUACUCUCAGCUCCCACUGACAUUAAGUACGGCCCGCCCAAGGGCGGAUGGGAAAGUGUCGAGUAUCCCAAAGGUACUGGCGAGAACCUUGAACAUUACCCAGCUCCUCCUGGAGGCUGGGAGAAUGUCAAUUAUCCCAAGGGCACUGGCGAGAACCUUGAGCACUAUCCACCACCAAAGGGUGGAUGGGAAAAUGUCGACUAUCCUAAGGGAACUGGCGAAAACCUCGAGCACUACCCACCACCAAAGGGUGAUGAUGAUGACAAGAAAGACGAACCGGAAUUCACCAGCACGUACCACAUCACAGCUGUUGGCGCGGAAGUCCGCAACGGGACUGUUUCUGUACCAGGUCCUGCGGAUGCUGUUGGAUACUUCCAUUACGGAGUAAACUCCAAGACUGAGAGAAUCUGCUGGGAAAUUACUCUUCUCAAUGUAGCAGGCACAUAUGUUUCACCCGCUCGCACUGCUACUCACAUCCAUGAGGCAGCUCGUGGCGCAUCGGGCCCACCUCGUCUUGCUUUCCCCAAUCCGCAGGGUGACGACAAGAAACGUGUCAGCACAGGAUGUAUGACUGGUCCAUUCACCACCGGCCUAAAUGGUACCAAUGGACAGGAUACUGGUACUGGCUUUAAGCUGGCUCAGAUCGAGGCUAAUCCAGCUGGCUUCUUCACUGAUGCCCACACCAAUUUGUUCCCAUUGGGAGUUGUCAGAGGUCAACUUGCGUAG